AUGGACGAGAAACCAUCACCAACCGGUACCUGGAGCGAGAGAUCGACGACAUUUUGCGACAAGGAUGCACGCGAAGCAUACCACGACCUCAUCGACUUGCAACUCCACUGGCUAUUUCCAAAUUUCCUGCGCAACCUAAAAUCCCAAACAGCUUUGGAAAGAGAAAGAGGCAGAGUAGCAGUGAUAGAGUAUCGUGACGAUGAAGUCUUUGAACCGGAGAUAUUCAAGAACUCGCAAGGCCUCCAAGCCCACUUUGACGACCCAUUAGCCGCAGAGGAACUAGGCCCGCGAAAAAGACUUUUCAUACUGGAAGAUUUGGGGUUCAAUUAUCUCGAGAUACUCGGUGCGCAGCUACGGAUUCCCCCCACCUUCUUCGCUGCCCACUGGGCCGAUCCAGCAACGCCGGAAUUCAACUACACCAACCCUCUCCGCCGGUACUCGGAAAAGAACUUCAGCAUCAGAUACGCUAUUACCCAGCCUCUACGUAUAGACGCAGACCGAGAAGUGCAUGGCAAUAUUUUCCGCUGCGACUUCAACAUCCAGCGCCAUGUAUACUGCUACGACCCCAAAGCCCCGAUUCUCGAUCAGCCCAAAAGCUACCACGCCCUAUCCUUUUGGACCUCUGGAGUUAGACCUGAUGGCUCGUGGGAUUCGGUGCUGAUAGUUGACCCACCAGUCCGCGAGACCGUAACAUCCCUCGCAGAUGGUUGCAAAUUCCCCGUGGAUCAUUGCUCAGAAGAGCACGCAUACACCCGUAUGCACAGUCUCGACCCGGACUUCACCGACAUGGACAUCCUACCGCCCAAUCCCUCCGACUGGACUGGUAGCUGGCAGCGCCCCAAGUACGAGAGUAUGUUCGACGACAUACUAUCUCUCACCCCAGACGAGCAGGCGCAUUCCAUUGGGCCCAGGAGCUGCACAAACGUCGCCCGCAGACUAGCCAUCUGCUACUUCCUCAGCUUCCUGCGCCGCCGCAUCCUCAACAUGCUGCGCCUCCAGCAAAACCCGCGCACCGCCGUCUUGCACACGAACCGCUGCGACUACCUGCGUGAAUUUGGCGAGGGGCUCAUCAGUAGCUGGCACCACGAAGUCUUUGGCUUCGUCGUAAACAUCAAAUACAUUAUGGGCCUCGUCAACUCAGAAGUAAAAGAGCAAUUCGAAGUCCUCGGCUUGCAUCGACCUAGCGCUUUGGAGUGGGAACGCGAUGGAUGGCUUACCGUCCAAGAUUAUUGCGGCCGAGUAAUCACAAUGGCCGAAGCGUUUUUACAGUCUUACCUCCAGUUCACGACGAUGCAGGAGGCGCAGGCGGCGAAUCGGAAUGCGUUGAGUCUGGCGCAGAUUACGAAUGUGACGAUGGUGUUUGUGCCGCUUUCGACUAUUGCGGCGAUUUUCUCCAUGACGGAUGAUUUUUUGCCGGGCGAGAGUAAGGGGUGGGUGUUUUGGGUUACGGCUGUGCCGGUGCUGCUGCUUACGUUUGCGAUUACGACUGAGGCGAGGGCGUCACUGAGGUGGUAUUGGAAGAUGUGUACCGAGAGGGAGUUGAGGGCGAAGGUGAAGGUGAAGGGGAAAAGUAUCGUGUAG